AACACCCUCGCAUUGGGGACAUCCUGCAGAAACUGGCUCCGUUCCUUAAGAUGUAUGGUGAAUAUGUCAAGAACUUUGAUCGCGCCAUGGAGCUGGUCAGCACCUGGAUGGAACGCUCAGCACAGUUCAAGGGCAUUAUCCAUGAAGUGCAGCGAGAAGAGAUCUGCGGAAACCUGACCCUGCAGCAUCAUAUGUUGGAGCCGGUCCAGCGGAUCCCUCGCUACGAGCUGCUACUGAAGGAUUAUCUCCUUAAACUGCCCCAGGACUCGCCCGAUUGCAAGGAUGCCCAGAAGUCCCUUGAACUUAUCGCAACGGCAGCUGAGCACUCGAACGCCGCCAUCCGCAAAAUGGAGAGAAUGCACUCAUUGCUGAAGGUUUAUGAACUCUUGGGAGGCGAGGAAGAUAUAGUGAGCCCCACCAACGAGCUUAUCAAGGAAGGCCAUAUUCUGAAGCUGUCUGCUAAGAAUGGGACCACGCAGGACCGCUACCUGAUCUUGUUCAACGAUCGCUUGCUGUACUGUGUGCCAAAGCUGCGUCUGAUUGGACAGAAGUUUGGAGUCCGUGCUCGCAUAGACGUGGAGGGGAUGGAGUUGAAAGAGUCCAGCAGCCUCAAUGUGCCCCGGACCUUCCUUGUAUCGGGGAAACAGCGAUCCCUAGAGCUCCAAGCCAGGACUGAAGAGGAGAAGCGAGAUUGGAUCCAGGCGAUCCAGGCAACGAUUCAGAAGCAUGAACAGACUCUGGAGACGUUCAAGCAGCUGAUCAGCGAGGAUGAAACGCCGCCCAAUUCGCCUGGGAGUGAGCUGGGACGACGGGCGCCCACGCCGAUCCGGGAGAAGGAGGUGACCAUGUGUAUGCAGUGCAAGGAGCCCUUCAAUGCUCUCACCAAGCGUAGACAUCAUUGCCGGGCUUGCGGCCACGUUGUCUGUGGAAAAUGUUCCGAGUUCCGGGCUCGCCUGGUCUAUGACAACAACCGACCCAACCGUGUCUGCGCCGGUUGUUACACGACGCUCCAGGGCUCCCCUGCCAGUCCCGUUCCACACCCCAAUACGCCUCAACGCCGGAGAUCCAUUCUGGAGAAACAGGCUUCAGUGGUGGCAGAGAACAGCGUCAUCUGCAGUUUCUUGCACUACAUGGAGAAAGGAGGGAAGGCCUGGCAUAAGGGCUGGUUUGUCAUCCCUGAAAACGAGCCCCUUGUUCUCUACAUCUACGGAGCCCCACAGGAUGUGAAGGCUCAGCGUUCAAUGCCUCUGAUUGGCUUCGAGGUGAGCCUCCCCGACCCUGGGGAGCGGGUGGAUCGCCGCCAUGCCUUCCGGAUCAGCCAGAGCCACCUGUGCUGGUAUUUCAGCCCUGAGACGGAGGAGCUGAGGCAGCGAUGGAUGGAGGUGCUGAGCCGGGCGGGUCGCGGAGAAGAAGGCAAGGGACCGCCUUCCAUCUUAGAGGCAGACGAAGAUACGGAGGCCGAGGAGGCAACCUAACGGUGGAAGCUGGGGGACGAGGAGCAACGGACUCUGACUGCCCAGGGCUUGCUCCCCGUUCUCUGACCAGGAUACUUGAACGUUUUUCUCUCUCCGGCACUUUCUCCCCUUUGUCAGCAUUAACAAUCUGUCAUGAGUCCCCUCGUGCCUCUUUCCUAUAAAGGCCUGUACUUAGCCAAGAUCUUCCUUGCCGCCAGUAGCUGCAGAAACUGUGCACCUGCAGUGAGGUUGCUUGGGGAUGUUUCCGAUUCCCAGGUGCAGCAGGGAAUAAGCAAAACCAUCCUCUGGCUGCUUCCACCUGGAAGGAUGUUCCACGUAGCAUUAUUGACACAGCCAAUUUGUUAGUGUUCGAGCGUCUAUGAAUGGCAGCCUUCUUUUCCCUCCCAUAUAUGCUUCACAGCAACUCUGCAUUUGGUCUUGAGGGCAUGCUCCUAAUGGCUACUGUGGUGAUUCACCACCCUUUUCUUGUUCCUUUUUUCUCCCAUGCAUGCGCUAUAGUUCUCUACCGAUUCUAAUGAUAUCUGAAAUGGAAUUAGAAUGGUGGCAAUAGACCGUUAUGGCACUAUAGAAAAAGCCGUCUGUUGGUGCUGUCGCAGUUGCCCAGUUUUUAAUGUCUCCAGAAAGACCUCCGAUGGUGUUUAUCAUGCUAGGUAGCAAGUAAUUAAUUUUUGAGGGCCGGCUGGUGAGCGUCGAAGGGACGACCUGUUUUCUUUUUAAAUGCCCUCUGCUGGCCCGGCAGGGGGAAAGUGCCAGGGAAAUGGUACUGAUGGGGGCAAGGGAGUUGCGGCCCACAAAAACGCAUGACGUUCCUUCCACAAAGUAGGCUGAAAACUUGAAUGGCAUUCUUUGCAAAGAAAAAAACAAAAAAACACCCCGCAGGAUUAAAGUAGGAAGAAGUGAAUUGAGGAUGGGAAAGACCUAAAAUCAGGCCGAUUGCUGGAUGAUAUCAUACAGAAGCUCCGCCCAAGAGCGCUCCAGUUUUGAGUCAAGGUGGAGAAAAACCUCCGUGUGGAAGCAGCGUCUCCCUCCCCAGGGAAAAACAGACACGAGAGGGCAGUUUUCUUUGCUUGGGUUCUGCGUCUCCCCUCCGUGUUCUUCCACCCUCCCCAGCUUUUCAAGUGUGGACCAAGAUCUGUUCUUCCAAUCAGUACUGCUUAUUUAGCACUUACUGGUCAUCUGUUCAUUGCAGUAUUUUGAGAGGGGGAAAGGAGCUGAAAGAUCAAUGUGGAAACUGUUGUUCCAGUGGACGUGGAAGGCCCCAUGCCGAGUGUGGGAUUUUUCUAAUGCGAUCCCUCUUCCCACUAAAGGCUCAUCUCAUUCUGCCUCAGAUUUAACCAAUGGGCUAUCCUUCGCUAUGACUUGAAACCUCUCUCUCUCUCUGGAACCAGAUCCAGCUUGAAGUCCUUGCUGGAUGGGAGAUAAGGGCUAGUUUGAAACCUGUGGUCUUUAUCUUGCUACACCUGAAGUUCCCAACAUCUGGGAGUCUAAGUACCUUUAACAUUCUGACAUGGCGUGGUUUUUUUCAGCCACAAAACGGCUGCUGCAUCUUACCUUCCAUCAUAUCUUCAAUCCUUAUGUUGUUGGGGGUGCUACUGCUAAAGCAAUGUUUUUUUUAAAAAAAUCUGCACCACCAAUCAAAUCUCCCGUGGCCCCACAAGCCCCUACUAUCCUAGAAAUCGGAAGGCCCUGUGGAGUCCAUGGGCACCCUGCUGGGGAUCCCUGUGCUACACCAAGCCCUGUCUACCUGGUGGGGACGCUCUCCCUUGCUAAAUGGCCACCUGCCAUCAUUCGCUGGUCCCCUUUACAGCACUGUUUCUGAGCUGUACACCAGAUACCCAACCCAGCCAAAACUUGCCUUGUACAAACCUCAGUAAAGAGAAUGGGGCUGCACAGUCCUACCAUGCCUGCUCUGCCAGCCGGUGACCAAAGUGCUCUAAUCUGCAAGCAGGGUUCCAAAAUGCUUCUCUGAAAUGCAGAAAGGAAAUAAAGGUUCCUCCAACUAACUCCAGUUAAAAUGCCUGCUACAAAGGCAGCAAUAGAUCGGAGUGGAUGCUGUUUGAGCGAGCUGAUCUGUUUGCAGCGGUCUGCUGUAACUGCCUCCUGGUAAUUUGGGGGGGAAGAAUGCACUCGAGCACAGGUGGUACGAAGCAGGUGAUUGUGAAUACGGUCAGGGCCGCACCUGAGUGAUGCAGCCCAUUCAUUUCAGAGUUGGUGGAGGGAUCGUGUUGCUGUCAGACCAAAUAUUCGUGACAACCACCAUUCAAAUGCUGGUGGCAUCUCACAGAUCACAUCUGAAGACAGCGGCGCUCCCUUGACCUUUUGAAGCUGCUAAGGUGAGGCUGCCCCCUGAGCCUGGGUUUCAGUUUUACCUGCCUUGUCUUAAUGGUUACUAAUACAAGCCUCCCGGGCCGAGGCUUGAAGCAGGUGAGCCUCAUAGCAACACAGUGGUUGUGCAGCAAGUGGUCUUGCUAGAUGAUGUCGGGAGGGAAGAUGGUUAUUCCAAAGGCAGAUACAAACCCGACACCUGAAGCUUUUCUCCAGUGCAGCUGGCUUCCGCUCCUUGAUAUGAUGCACUUUUAGAAGAGCUGAAUUCUCUCUGCAUCCUUAACUGGACUACCAUGGAGCUUUCUGUGCUAGUUCAGAUACUGCUUCCCCCCCCCCCCCCCCCCCCCCAGUACUGCUCCAGUGUCCAAAUGGGAGUGGGACACCUCCUCCCCCUUUUCCUAACUGAUCUUUCCGCUUGUUGGAGGUAGGUUUCCUGGUGGUGCCUGGUGGGCCAUUUCCCUCUCCCUCCAUGGUGUAGAGCUAGUGCAUGUAACUUUUAUAUUAAGAAGGACUCAGUAUUAAGGGAUAUACAAAAUCUUUCUUACCUAAAUAAUAUUUUAUUGUUGUUCAUGUAUAGUGGCUGGCCACUACAGAGGUUAGGGCAAGGGAGCUUCUACUGACAGAAGUGCCCUUUCCCACAACCAAGAUUUGUGUAUUGUCCAUUUUACUUUUUAGUUUCAUUGUUGUAUUUUUAUUUCCUGUGUCCAUUUUUUUUUAAAAAAAAUAGAGGAUUCUGGGGUUUUUUGGUUA